AUGAAGGUCGCGGUCGUUGGCGGAGGCCCGUCUGGACUGGCAACCUUGAAGUUCCUUGUCGAAGCCCACAAGUACUUCCCUAUCCCACCAAUCGAGGCUCGGUUGUUUGAGGCAGAGGCUGAAAUUGGAGGUACCUUCUCCUAUCGCGUCUACGAGGACGCUGAGCUUGUAUCCUCCAAGUACCUCACGGCCUUUUCAGACUUCAGGCUUCCAGACGAUGCUGCCGACUUCGUGACGCCACAGGUAUAUGUUCAAUAUCUCAAGAACUACGCGACGACCUUCAAUCUUUGGCCCUGCAUCGAACUCCGGACCAAAGUCGAAAACAUCCGUCGUGGACCAAAUGGCCACGGCCAUGUUGUGACGAUCAAAAACCUGGACAAAGAAUCUGAAUGGAGAUGCGAUGCCGUGGCUGUCUGUUCUGGAAUCAACGUCACUCCCGUCAUCCCCGCUAUUCCUGGCAUGGAGCGAGUUCCAACAGUCCUCCACUCUUCACAAUUUCGAGGUCGCGCUCAGUUUGGGAAUGAUACCAAUGUUGUCAUCAUGGGGGCCGGAGAAACUGGCAUGGAUCUCGCCCACCUUGCCGUCACAUCUCCUACCAGAUCGGUUGCCCUUUGCCACCGAGAUGGCUUCUUCUGUGCACCCAAGAUCAUCCCAAUUCCUAUAACGAUGGGUUCCCUACGAAAGGAUACACCUUCACGACCCAAUAAGCCAGUUGACACAUCAGUGGCUAGUUUGUUCGACACAGCCUAUGUCCACCCAUCCCUUCAGCGUAGUCAGCUGCUCUGGACUUACUACGACUUAUGGAUCAAAAAGAUGCACUGGAUGAUCUCUGGCACUGAGGAGGGGCCUGAUCAGUGGGUUGGUCAAAUGAGCCAAGGCCGAAGAUACAUGGACGCUAUUCUUCUGUGCAAGUCAGACCGAGCGCUUCCAUACAUGAGCGCCGGCCAUCGCUCUACAUCUUGGCCAAACCGCUUUCGGCGCUGGUUCAUGAAUGUCCCCAUCAAGGAGACAGGAGACAGGAAGAUUGAUGUCCGCACUUGGCCAGAGGGUAUUGAUGAGCAUGGUUGCAUGUGCUUCCCAAGAGAAGAUCCUCCGAACAAACAAAGUCUGGAAAACGAAAUCCAGCCCGAUGUCGUGGUCUUCGCAACCGGCUACAUACGCGCCUUUCCGUUCCUGGACAUCGACUAUCCAGAUGUCGUUCACGCCAACGUCCGAGGUGUUUACAAGAAGGACGAAGUAUCCCUGGGGUUUAUUGGCUUCAUCAGGCCAUCAAUCGGUGCCAUCCCUCCCCUCGCCGAGCUCCAGGCCCAGUUUUGGGUCCUCCGUCUUCUCCAGGAACAAUUCCCCAACGAGGUCCCCACCACUCUCGACCCCAACGCCAUAGUCCCAUAUGAUUUAGACUACGAGAUUCACGCCCGUGAGGGCUAUGACUUCUUCAACACCAAGCGAGCGGUAGACCAUGAAAGCUAUGCCUACCAGCUGGCGCUGGACAUGGGCGCCGCGCCAGCCAUCACGCAUGUGAUGAAGAAGGGGUGGAAGGUCUUCUAUACCUGGGCAAUGGGGUCCAAUUUCAACACCAAAUUUCGGAUGGUUGGGCCGUGGAAGUGGGAAUCGGGUGCUGAAAGAAUUAUGCGCAACGAGCUGUUUAACGUUGUCAAGCGAUCGGGCGGCUACGUCUAUCUUGCCACUUAUUCUCUUGUCCCAUUCUUUGUUUUUGGCACUCUCAGCAUGAUGUUGUAUGCCUGGUUCGGAUUCUGGGGGCUUUUUUUUAUCGUGCUGAAUCGCAAACAACCUCCAUCAACAACUAGCUCAAGAUGUCGUGUCGAGAAACAGUCCAGCCCGAUCAAUGGGUUGCCUUGCGGCUUCCCAAUGAGACGAUGCGCAUUCUCCAAGUUGUGCCAAACACGUAAGUCGCCCACCUCCCAUGCGCCAGCACCGACCAUUUCGCUGGGCAAGUACGGCUCGUUCCCGACCAACCUCAUACUCGAACGCCCAUUCCACCUCACCUACGAGGUCCAAGAGAAACGCGAGGGAGAGACCUAUGCCCGACUCCGCGUGGUCCCCGCCAAGGAGCUCAACGCCGACAUCUUGGCCGAUACCAGCGCAGACGCUACCGAGGAAGCGGCCGAGGGAGACGACGUGGUCGCCGCGGCCGACGGGGAGGAGCUCACGCUCGUCAACGACAGCGGCGAGGUUGUGAUUCGGUCGAACCGGGAGAUCAUCGACGACACCGCGCGCCAGACCCUGGCGACGGAGGAGAUUGAGGAGCUCAAGCGCAAGGGCGCCUCGGCCGGCAAGGAGCUGAUCGCGAAGCUGCUCCUCUCGCACACGGCCCUGGACCAGAAGACCGAGUACUCGCUCGCCAAGUACAAGCUGCUCAAGACGAAAAAGUACAUCCGCCGCUUCACCGUCGUGCCGCUCGACGUACCCCAGCUUGCGCAGUGGCUGCUCGAGGAUCGCGACUCGUCCAAGAUUCUGGAGAUGAGGCAGGAACUGAUGGCGCUGACGGGGUCCUGGGCAGAUGUCCACUUUGGCGGCGUGCCCUGUGAGGGAAGUAAUGGAGGUGGGAGGUGGUUGGUGGUGGACGACACCGGCGGCCUGUUGGUUGCUGCCAUGGCGGAGCGAAUGGAUAUCCUUCACCCAAAGUCGGAGGUAGAGGCCGAGGAACCGCCCCCCGCAGAGUCAACUGCCAAGGUGGAAACGCAAGAAGGACAACCACAAGAUGCCUCGGAAGCACCAAACCCUCCCCUGGUACACGCACAGCAGAAAAGACGGCAUCCCAAGAGGAGCGACUUUGACGUCCCCUACGUCUCCACCAACACCAUCACCCUCGUCCACAGCAACACUCAGCCAAACCUCGUCCUCCUCAAAUAUUUCAACUACGACAACACCAACCCCAACCAGCCUUACCCGUACCACCCCCUCGCCACAAACCUCAUGCCCAUCUCGUGGCUACAGCUCCUCGCGCCCGAGGAGGACGAUUCCUACGCCAACAGUCCCCCAGAGGCCACGCCCGAGGUGAUUGCCUCCUGGAAGACGAACCGCCGUGGCAACUACCACCGCAAGCGACGGAGAUGGGCGCGUGUCCGCCACGUUGUUGAUACGACGCGAGCCGGUGGUUUCUCUGGUCUCGCCGUCGCUAGCACCAUGGACCCCAUUUCCAUCAUGCGAAACACCCUCCCCCUCCUUGCGGGCGGCGCCCCGGUUGCCAUCUACUCUCCUACGGUCGAACCUCUAACAAAACUUGCCGACUGUUUCAGCGUGGCCCGACGCGCGGCAUGGGUGACGACUUCCUCACCAGACAUCGAAGGCAAGACGGUCGAAGAGCUCGAGCGUUGGGAGGGCACCGAAGAGUUCCCCUUGAACCCCACGCUGCUACUUGGUGUGGGCAUCCAGAGCAGCCGUGCAAGGCGAUGGCAGGUUCUUCCUGGACGGACGCACCCGUUCAUGAUGGGCCGGGGUGGAGCAGAUGGCUUUCUGCUUACGGGAUGGCGAGCGAUUCCAGUGGAGGGCAAGAUUGAGGCAAGGGGCAAGUUCAAAAAGAGAAAGACGGAGGCUUAA